AUGAAGGGAUCUAACACUAUUAAGCCGGAUACUUCCUCCUCCAGUAAAUAUAAAAGUAAUGACAAGACUAGAAAAGAUGCCCCUACAGUCAAUAAAGUCAAUAGACGUCCAGGAAAAACGAACAUCGAACAAGCAAUUCGAAAGGAACGUGUUUCCAAUAAAGCGCAAGAAAUUCGCAAAGAACGCGUUUCUAAUAAAUUGCGUACUAAUCACAAGAAGCGUAAGGAUCUUGUGAGUGUUAUGAAUAAAUUAUUGGAUGCAUUUGUCAAGAAAGAUGCAUACGGUUUCUUCCUUGAACCAGUCGAUACGGAAAUGGUCACCGACUACUUGACGAUCAUAAAACAACCGAUGGACUUUGGUACAAUGAGGCGAAAAGUAGCAAAAAAUGAAUAUCAAACAAUGGAUCACUUCAAGGCUGAAUUCGCUUUGGUCUGUAACAACGCCAAAACUUAUAAUGCUCCAGAGACAAUUUACUAUAAAUGUGCAGAUAAGAUAUGGCAAUAUGGUGAAAAGGCUAUUGAAAGAGAAAAGAAUGCGUUAAUAUUGGAGGAAGAGAGGGCAAAAGCUAAACAAAUGGAAGAGGAUAUUGACAUUGAAUCAGUGGCUGAAGGUGGUAUAAAAGGCAAUAAGUCAGUCAGCGAAGCAGGCUCCUCUACAACAAAAGGCACCAAGCAAUCAAAGAAAUCGAAGCGCAAUGACAGUGGACGUGGCCAUAUGUAUUGUUCGGAUGGUUCAUUUGAUAUAUCCUUUUAUCUGAAGAGGAUGGAGAAACCAGAAUCAUUUGGACGGACACCUUUGCUUACGGUCAUAUCGUCCUCUAGGUUGAUAGGCGAACUCAUUGAGCGCGAAGUUGACUCUGGAUGUAACAAUGAAAUGAUGUUAAGUACAUGUACAUAUGACGGCUGUUUGAAAUAUCGUUUUAUGGCUGUCAUACCAAUAUAUUCAAUGAUCAUCUGGAUUGGAAGUACAUAUAUGUUCGUUGAAACACCACUUUCUGACAAUGCUAUUCUUUCUAUAUCAGCGACUUUCCUAGACUAUGGUCCAUAUGCUACACUCGGGAUAGACCCUCCUCAAAUCUCGACACAGGGCAUGUCGCACAUGUACAACCUAUACGGCGAUGAAAGAGGUUAUGCAUACGCAAGGAGUUUACGCACCUUUGUCCAAGGUAUCGGACCGGAAAUUGAGGAAUAUGUAGAGAAUACUCUUGACAAUUUGUCACGUGGUGCUAUGAGCAUAGAUAAGAAAGUAGCAUCUUUAUGUAAAAAGGAUAUAUUUCCAGAAGACGAAAAGAUGUCAGCUAUCGUAUCAAAUAAUGAACUUGGACAAGUGGAUGUGCUAAAAGAACUUGAGAAUAUAAGAAAUGCUCCCGGUUUUAGGAGGAUGAUAUCUGACUUGGAAAAGUGGAGUACUGAGAAAAUAGAUAUUCACAUGUUGGGCGUGGAUCUGAACAGUCAACCGGUACCUAAGAUGAGGAAUAGUCGACAAAAUACUGCUGGAUGGAAGUGUGCGAAUUGUCUGACUUCUGUUACUCCUGGGUGGAGAGCCGGUGAGACUCCAGAGCAGAAGUUAUGUAAUG